GAAUCCCCUGUAAUUUGAAAAAGAAAGAAAUGCUUAGGUGUGUGUGUGUAUGUGUGUGUGAGAGAGAGAGAGAGAGAGAGAGAGAGAGAGAGAGAGAGAGAGAGAGAGAGAGAGAGAUCAUGUGAUGAAGGAGUGAGCCUGCCUUGAUGUGUUGGGAUGUGACACACACACACACACACACACACACACACACACAGACACAGACUGUGCAGCCAGGCUACAAUCACACAGACACACACCGUCUUAUGACUGCUGCUGGCACAGAAACGUGAACGAGGCGUCUGGCGGGCGGGUAAACAACCACCGGUGUGCCGCGGUAGCUGCUCCUGCUGCUCGGGGAGCAGGAGGGAAGCAUCAAUGCCUCCAGGUCUGCUCUCUCAUACUGGCCUGGACCUGUUCUCGUCAUCGGGCCUCCUGCGCUGAGAUAAUGAAAGGAUGGCCCAGCAGCACGGAGGGCUGACCGCCGCAGCGACUCGCCGGGAUGAGCAGCAGCAUCACCACCACACGAUGAAUCCAGUGGAGGAAACAAGAGUGGAGGACCUGUCUCUGGAGGAGAUACUGAGGCUUUAUAGCCAGCCCAUCAAUGAGGAGCAGGCAUGGGCGGUGUGUUACCAGUGCUGCAGGACGCUGGCGAAGGGACACCGGGGCUGGAGGAGCUCCUCCGCCGCCAACGCCGCCUCCGCCGCCGCCGCCGCAUCAUCAGCGGCGGCGGCCCCGAGGAGGAUAUCCGGACCGGGGGAUGUUCGGAUACAGAGAGACGGGUCUGUGCUGGUGCACCAUCAGGGCUGUGAAGGUAAAUACAGCCCUUGCACAACAACAGAGGUAAUUGAGUCUUUGGGCAUCAUGAUCUACAAGGCUCUGGACUACGGGCUGAAGGAGAAUGAGGAGAGGGAACUCAGCCCUCCUCUGGAGCAGCUCAUCGACCUCAUGACCAACAUGGCCGAGGCCACGAGGGAUGCCUGCCCCGACGAAGGUUAUGAGGCCACAGAGGAAGAGGAUGAGGUGGAGGAUGACCCUGACGACAUCUCCAGUGUUCACGGCUACAGAGAUAUCCUCAAGCUGUGUACAGUUCAUCUACCCAGUCUGUCAGACGCCCCCAGUCACUACCAGGCAGUGUGCCGGGCUCUGUACACAGAAACCAGGGAGCUACGCACUUUCCUGGAGAAGAUCAAGAGUGCCAAAGAGAACCUCCGUAAAAUGGAGGAGUCGUCAGAGGAGCCUGGCCGAGACCUGAACGAGCUGCAGAACGCUGACUGGGCUCGAUUCUGGGUUCAGGUGAUGAGGGACCUGCGUGAAGGAGUCAAGCUGAAGAAGGUGCAGGAGCGUCAGUACAACCCUCUGCCAAUCGAGUACCAGCUCACUCCUUAUGAGAUGCUCAUGGACGACAUCAGGUCCAAACGGUACAAACUGCGCAAAGUCAUGGUGAAUGGAGACAUCCCACCCAGGUUAAAGAAGAGCGCUCAUGAGGUCAUCCUGGAUUUCAUCAGGUCCAGACCACCUCUCAACCCUGUGUCAGCUCGCAAGCUGAAGCCGCAGACUCAGCCUCCUCCCACCCUGCAUGAGCGCAUCCUGGAGGAAAUCAAAGCGGAGAGGAAACUUCGGCCGGUGUCUCCUGAUCAGGUCCGCAGGGGAAGGCUGGUAAUUCGGCCACUUAGCAUGUCUUUCAGUUUUGACGCGUCAGAUGAGUUUAGUCCGUACAUGGGCAGGAGGACUUCCAGCUCUCUGUCUCUCACAAAUGGAACAGCAUCUCCCAGACUGGAGCCCUCCGGAUCCCAGUCUGUACCCCAGAGGAAAAGGCUCCUGAAGGCCCCCAGCCUCGCCGAACUGGACAGCUCUGACUCCGAUGAUGAGUUCGUUGGGCGCAAGUCAGCCAGCAGCUCCAGUGUGGCUACAUCUUUGAUGGAUGAUACAUCCCCAGAGUCUGCACUGGGGAAGAAAACUCCUCCCAUGUUCCUGCCCAUCUCCUCUACACCUCAGCCAGAGAGGCGUCAGACCCCCCAGAGGAGACACUCCAUCGAGAAGGAAACCCCGACCAAUGUACGACAGUUUCUGCCGCCGUCCAAACAGAGCUCCAAGUCUCUGGUUCGGACCGUAGCCUCAUUUCGUCCCUGGAUCCCCUUCCUCCUCCUCCUUCGCCCUUCUCCCUCCACUCUCCACCCUUUGCGGAGCUCCCAGCCUAUCGAGGCGUUUGCGUUGGGGUUGAUGAAGGCAGUUUUUGCUCUGUGCAGAAGCGUUUACAUCAGUGGAAGACAGUCAGCCAAGGAGGAGUUCUGUUUCCCUGUGGAGUGUUUGUCUCUGACGGUGGAGGAGGUGAUGCACAUCAGACAGGUGCUGGUGAAGGCAGAGCUGGAGAAGUUCCAGCAGUACAAAGAAAUCUACAACGCCAUGAAGAAAGGAAAGCUUUGCUUCUGUUGUCGAACCAAAAGGUUUUCCUUUUUCACCUGGUCCUACGUCUGCCAGUUUUGCAAAAAGCCUGUGUGUUCACAGUGUUGCAAAAAGAUGCGGCUGCCAUCCAAACCUUACUCCAGUUUGCCCAUCUACUCCAUUGGCUCGACUAACACUCUCCCCAGGGAGAGGGUAACUGCCAUGGCUGCUAUAGGACAAGGACUCUCUGUGGCUGGAGGGCCGGGCCCGUCAGCAGAGGAAGGGGCCACGGCGCCCCCCACUUUGAAAGUAGAAACAACAGCGUCGUGUAAAGGAGCUGGAAAAGCUUCUGGAGCAGCAGCUGCUGCUAAAUCUGACAAAUCCUCCAGUAGCCCGCAGCGCCACGGCAUCCAGAAGACCAUGUCCAAGUUUUCAAAGCACGGCUCUUUAAAGUCUCAUGAAGAACUGGAGCUUCCCCCAGAGCUGACAGAGGACUGGGCCAGCAUGGAGGUGUGUGUGGACUGUAAGAAGUUCAUCUCUGACAUUAUUGCCUCCAGCAAGCACAGUCUGUCACUGGCCACCAAGAGAGCUCGCUUAAAACGCAAAACCCAAUCCUUCUACUUGUCCUCCCCUAAAGGAAGGGAGGACUACCGGCCCUCUGAACGAACAAUCAACGAGAUCUGAAACUCUCUCUCUCUCUCUCUCUCUCUCUCUCUCGCUCUCUUUCUCUCCCUCUCUGUCUGGCUGCUUUCAGCUCCAAUUGCACAAUUAGAAAAACUCACUGGAUAUGAUCUUACUGUACAUGUAUACUUCAGUCAGAUAAAGCUGUCAGGAUGGCUGACGUGAACCUCGGCCGUGGACAGUGUAGUUUUGUUGCUGUGUCCUGAUCAUCGUGUACAGCUCCUCCUCUGCUUUUUUUUAUGGUAUCAUAGAUGAUCCUUUAAUCUCUGGCCACAGACUUUUGAAUAAAGAGACAAGAACAAUGCCUCAAAGUGGACUGACCCCAACCCCCACCUUUCUCUCUGCUGGCACAAAAGCAUGGUCCAGCUCAACUCACAUUCAAAUCAAUAAGCACAAGAGUGAAGAAGGACUGAUGUGGUGUGUUUGACGCUGCAGGAGACACGAGGACUACAGAGAGAUGACGCUGUAAACUGACGGUGACACUCAGUUUACAACAGAAACUAUGGAAUAUUAAACUAUAGGUUUUGUAAAGGUUUAAAUUUUCUUUUUUACAUAGGGGUGUGUACAGUAAAUGAUUGUUCGAUAAAAAGUCACCCUUACUUUUAUUUUGCUUACGAUGAUUAAUGAGGCCCAGUUUCAUCUUAAGCAAGCGUUGUGUUUAGUGCCAAAUAAUAACUUCUCAUCUGUAAGUCUUUCCCCUUGAUGUGUGCAGUGAACUUACAACAAAAUGACAAACUGCACCAACCCCUGCUUAUCAAAGCCCCUGAAAAUGUGGUUCCAAAUCAGAUGAAAUUUCUCAUUAAAAUAUAAAAGCCUAUAUAAGCAAUGCUAAAAGUCAAAGUUUGUUUAAAAGAAAAAAUAUAAACACCCUCAGCUAAUGUACUCACUCUAAUCUAAUCACCAGGACUAUGUGGGUGUGGUGUGUUGUGAUUUGAUCACAUUUGAGUGACAGUGACAUUAAGGUGAUUUAUUGAUGCAUGAUCCCUAUAUAAAGACCCUGAUGACAUCAUCAGAUGAGUAGUGCUCCCCAUAACUUCACGUGUAAAACAAGUGGAGGUCCCCUUUAAGCAAACAACCCUAUGACUGUCAUCAGAUAUAUGUUGCUGAAUCCUCAUUGGUGCAUCAAAGUACGUGACAUCACCUGUUUCCAACAGAGCCCCGUCCACUUCAAACCAAAAGAAGCACAAAACAAAAUUACAAAAAAACACAGAAAUAACCAAACACUGUGUUCAUGUAGGAUCCCAACCAAAGUAGUAAGUGGCUGAUUGAGGAAGAAGGUUUUCAUGGCCUUUGAAGCACUUAUCUUGACUAACCAUACCAACCAUGUUCAUUUGUAACAAUUAUUUUUCAUUCAUGUCUGUCAGAUGUGCACAGAAGCAGGCAUAAAAUCAUUAAUACCUACAGUACCAUGUCAAAGAUAUUUCAGACUUGCCUUUUAAUAAUUUGCAUGAAAUAUCUCCAUAUUUUUUAAAUGUACCUUUACGUUGAUAGAUAUAUAGUCGCCCAUAUGUUAACUCCUUCACUCCUUUAGUAGAUUCCUGACUUGUAAUACUAAAACCCAUUUGAUGUUUUUGUACUAAUGUACAGUUAAAAAAAACCCUGUCUCUCAGUACUGGUGGCAAAAACAUGUUUAACACAUACAACAAGUCUUAAUGUAAUGCCUUCACGGUUUCCCUUCAUCAUUCACAGUCUCAUUGGCCUGCGUCUAUUUAUUCUUCAUCACAUUCCUCAUCUUCCUCCCAAGAUAUUUCUGCCUUAAAAAUUGCCUUUUAUGGUCACAAUCAUGUUGAACAGUCAUCUGCUGUUUCUGUACAUACUUUGUUUCUAACGGGUUAUUUGUAGAUCAGGUGUGUGUUGCUUCGAUGAUAUCUUGACAGUGGGAUUGCUGUAGAUCUGUGUGUCUGAGAGGGAAACUAUCCCGGGACAGUGUGUUUCAGCUCCGAAUGAAGGGGAGUAGUCCACAGAAAAAACCUCACAGUGUGACUGGCAGCAUCAUGCAUGUACUACAGUGUAAGCUUGUACCUUCAGUCUGUAUUACCUACAAGCUGUAACUCCCUGCAGAGUUUGCAAGAAAUAAUGACUACAACAAUAAACAGAAAUGAGAUACCUGC